AAUAACUUCUGCUGUCAAAGUAUGACGUAACUUCCGGGUAUCCCGUGGCAGUGUUUACAUUUUCUUCGCGUUUAAAUGGUGAGAGGACUAUUGUGGCGUGGCUCCCUUUCUCAUCUCUUAAUGCCCAGUGAAGUCAAGCCUCGGUUUCUGGUUCUCUACGGCUCCCAGAAGGGUCAAGCCCAGUCCAUAGCAGAAGGGGUCUCUGAAGAGGCACAGGAGCAUGGACUUCUGGCUGAGAUCAGCUGCUUGAAUGAGAGGGAUAAGUACCAUCUGGAGAAGGAGAAGUGUCCUGUGGUGUUUAUUGUGUCAACUACUGGAGAUGGGGAGCCACCGGACAAUGCCCUGCAAUUUGUUAAGCAAAUCAAGAAGAAAACCAACCCCUGCGAUCACUAUAAACACCUUAACUAUGCACUUUUAGCUUUAGGAGACACAAAUUAUGCAAAUUUUUGCAACUGUGGCAAAACGAUUGAGAGGCGUCUGCAGGAACUUGGAGCACACCAAUUCUAUGCAACAGGAUAUGCAGAUGACGGUGUAGGGCUGGAGGUGGUUGUGGACCCUUGGCUUGAAGGACUGUGGACAGCCGUCAAAGCUGCCAUAUCAAAUAUGGCGUCCGAUCGGAACGUUAAAGAGGAUUCAGUGAAUACGACUCCUGAUUCUUCACUGCCGGAUGUCCAACUAGACCUCCUGAACCUCACUGACCAGGAUCCCAAAUGUGCACCUCCCAGUACCACCCGAGCAGUUGAUGGUUCUUUUUCUCUUGCAGCAGAACUAGAGACAAUAAACAAGGAUGCUGGAUCUUCUAAUGCUCCUUCACUGACACACUCGGUGCCACCUCUGUCUGAUUCAUCUCUAAAUGUUCCUACACUACCUCCACCUUUCUUGGAUGUCUCUCUGCAGGAAGCCAUCACUCCUGAAGAUGAGAUUUUUGGACCAUUAAAUAAGGAAAGUCUGUAUGAAGUACCUAUAUCCCGGGCAGUUCAUUUAGCAUCAGGAGAUUCUGUCAAGACAGCCAUUCUUUUUGAGCUGGACAUCUCUGCUUACCCGAUGUUGACCUACCAGCCAGGGGAUUCCUUCGACGUCUUCUGCCCAAAUAGAGCCUCUGAGGUUGAGCACAUGCUGCGCCGAUUGGACCUCGAGGAUCAGAAGAAUUAUCACGUCAAUGUUUCAGUGCUUGAAAAUACAAAGAAAAAAGGUGCUCAGGUGCCGUCCUACAUCCAUCAGAACAUGUCACUGCUGUACCUGUUUACAUGGUGUUUGGAGAUUAGAAGUGUUCCCAAGAAGGCCUUCCUACGAGCACUGUCUGAACAUACGGCGGAUGGCGUGCAAAAAAGGAGGCUGCAGGAGCUCUGCAGCAAACAAGGCACCGCGGACUACAACCAGUACGUGAGAGAGUCGAGUCUCAGCGUUAUGGAGCUUCUCGACGCCUUCCCGUCCUGCUCGCCGCCUCUCGGCGUCCUAAUAGAGCAUCUCCCAAAGCUGCAGCCGAGGCCUUAUUCAGCCGCCAGCUCCUGCCUCCAGUGCCCGGGAAAGCUGAAUUUUGUCUUGAGCGUCGUAGAGUUCCCGGCGUGCUCUUGGCGGCCCGUGGGGAAGCGAGGCUUGUGUAGCGGUUGGCUUUCUGACCUCGUCGACCCUGCCCAGGGUUUCCCGUGCGGCACGGAGCCGCCAAAGAUCCAUGUGAGUUUGAGACCCAACUGCGCCUUUCGACUUCCAUCUGACCCGUCCGUUCCGCUCAUCAUGGUCGGACCCGGCACCGGCGUCGCACCCUUUGUUGGAUUUCUGCAGCAAAGACAAAAGGAGCGGGAGCAGAACCCAGACGCAGAGUUUGGGGAGACCUGGUUGUUUUUUGGCUGCCGUUACCGAGACCGAGACUACCUGUUCAGAGAAGAGCUGGAGGGCUUUGUGUCCGGCGGUACCUUGAACCACCUCAAGGUGUGUUUCUCCAGAGAUGAGCUGAAGGAGGAAAAGACCUUCAUCUCGGGAGGACCGCCCAGAUACGUCCAGCACAACCUGCUGCUCCACAGCCAUGACAUCGUCGACAUUCUGCUCAAACGCCACGGUUGCUUCUACGUUUGUGGGGAUGCAAAGAACAUGGCCAAAGACGUGAAUGACACCCUGCUGGAGAUGAUGAAGUCUGAGGUCCAGGUGGACCAACUGGAGGCCAUGAAGCGCCUGGCCACGCUGAGGGAGGAGAAGCGCUACUUACAGGACAUUUGGGGAUGAUUUAUUCCCUGACAUGAUCCUCAUUUCAACAUGUUGUUGCUGUUAACGUCUGAGCUAUGGGUGCCUGCAGGGGAUGCGCACGAUAUAAAAAAUGUCUUCACCAGCUGCCUAAGUCCAUUUUUCAAUUGAGUCCAGUUUCUACUUCUUAUUGACUUUAUCCAGCUGGACAUCUCUGAGAGGUACUUCUGUUCUUUUCUCAACCUUGCCCUAACGCUAGGCAGAUCAUCUUGAGGGGUGAGUUCUUCAUUCUUCUUGGUGUGUUUUGAUUUGAUGGCACUUGGUACUUUUUUGUACUUCAAUUCACAAAAAGGUGGUUGCUAGCGUUGGCCUGACAGGGGUCUACUCCUUUUCUUUCUAGCAAAAGGUAUUUCCUUGCUAUUUUUUCCAGCUAUCAUCAUCACCAUCAGGUGUGUUUGCCAGCUGGAUAGCUCAGCUGGUAGCUCCGCAGAUUCAUGGUGCAAGGGGACCGAGGUUCAAAACCUCCCUGCCCCUGAGAGGCAAAUCUGCCUGGUUAAAGAAACAACCCCACUGCUAAUAGUGGGGCUGUGACAGGAGCCAUAACUCCAACUCCAGCUUGCUAACUCUACUUCAUGGUGCACGGGGACCGAGGUUCAAAACCUGGUCAAGGCGAAUCGUAACAUCAGAGAUUCAACUACUCGAUGGUCAUUUUGUCGAGAAAAAAAACAAACCAAUGGCGUCAUUUUCGAUAUCAAUCAUGAUCAUCACCACAAUCAUGACUGCUCAUCAGCUGGCUAGCUUAGCUGGUAGCACCGCAGAUUCAUGGUCAGAGAAAACUGUAACAAUGCGUGUAUUUGUUUUGUCUAGAAACAGACAAAUUACUUCCUUGCUAUUUCUCCAGGUACAGCAUCUAUCAACAUCAUCACCGCUAAUACAAUAUCAUGCAUGUUUGCCAGCUGGCAGACUUGUGUACUCCCUGUAUAACUUGCUUUUUGCUGUUGAUCAUUCUUCAGUCCAGUUCCUACUUCUUAUACUUCUACCUACUUCUCCUUUAUUAGAAAUCACAUUUAUUAGAAGUGGCUUUAGCCUGGCUAACUUUCCUAAUGGGAUGUCAGCCUCUGCAAACAUUUCUACAAAACCAACAAAUUGUAAUACCAGGGCUUGUGUUUAAGGACGAUGUAGUCACCGAUGCAAUCCUAAUUGUUCUGUUAAAUGACAUCCUUAUUUUGUCUGCACAAUUAAGACAGGAUGUGGUGCUCUUAUUUUGAAGGCCAGAAGUGUAUUCUGUGUGCUGUGACAAGCUGGGAGCAGGAAUAAAUAUGCCUACUUGCC